CUCUCACUUAACUGUCUUUACAGUGAGAGAAGAGAGAGAGAGUGCGAGUUGGGAUGCUGCUGAGUUCACAGUCCCUCAGCUUUCUCGUGUCCUUCAAACCCCCUCAAAAGCCAACCCACCUCAUCUCUCUCCAUUCCCCCAGGUCUCCAUCUCCAGUUCCAUCUCUCUCUCUCCAGCCUCUGUCAGCUUCCCCUGAUCUCUCUUUCUUGAUCCCUUUCUCCUUUCUUUCCUAAUUUUCGCGUCAAAAUUUUGUUCUCCAGCUUCGUUUUCCUCCAAAGAAAAACGUUAUCCUUGAUUUUAUCACCGUUGCAAUUUUCUGGACUGGGUUUCUUGGAUUCCCCUCUUCUCUUGAUGCUUCUUUCCUAAUUUUCUUGUUUCAAAGCGCACUUGGUUUUAUCCUUCGGCUUCGAUUCCUGAUGUCCUUGAUGGAGUCUGGAGUUUCUUGUAGAUAUCGUUAGAUUUUCUUGAUAUUUCUUGAUUUUUUUUUUCUUCUUUAAAUUCAUACUUCCUCUGCUAAAUUCCAAUGGAGCUCAUCAAGAUCGCUCUUUUCGUCUCUUUCUUGUUCCUAAAUCCACCGUCUUGCCUGGCGUCUUCGACACCGCUGAAUUGUACUGACACCACCCGCCUCUGCACUUCCUUCAUCGCCUUCAAGACGAAUCCGAACACCACCCUCCCCCAAAUCCAGAGCAUGUUUGAUGUAUUCCCCAAUGACAUUACCGCCGACGAGGCCAGCAGCCCCGGCUACCUCUUCAUCAGCAAGAACUGUUCUUGCUUGUCCUCCAUCAAGAAGUACCUCACCAACACCACCUUUACCAUGAGGGAGGCGGAGGGCCUCGUGUACCCCAUGGUCACCGAAGCCUAUGGUGGGCUUGCGUUCUUGCCCAACUCGACCCGGAGGGCAAGAUUAGGAGCCGUGGUUUCGCUGCACCUUCUUUGCGGGUGCUCCAGUGGGCUGUGGAAUUAUCUGAUGAGCUACGUGAUGGAGGAGGGGGACUCAGUCGAGUCCCUGUCGAGCAGGUUUGGGGUCAGCAUGGAUAGCAUUGAGACGGUGAAUGGUAUGCUCGGUCCUAAUGAUGCAGUUGUCGGCAAUGUUUAUUACAUUCCGUUGAAUUCAGUUCCUGGGCUGCCUGUGCGCACAGAAGUCGCUCCUGCGCCUGCUCCUGCUCCUGCGCCAAUCAUUGAUACAUUCUCAGAAAAUCAAAAGCAACAUUCUGCCAGAUUUCCAUAUGGAUGGGUUCUUGGGAGUCUGGGAGCUGCUCUUUUGCUGAUUGUAGUGACUCUACUUUCAUGCGUAUCAUUCAGAUCACUUGAUUGUUGCUCCCAAGAUCGAAGAAGGCACACAAAAGAUCCUGAUCAGCCUCUCUCUCAUAAAUUCCACAUCCUCAAGAGCACUAGUUUUGUUAAUGCCUCAGGAAGGUAUCUCUGCUGCAAAUCCGCAAAUCUGAAGCCAUCAAACGGGGAAACAGGCAAUCAACAUGUCAGUAUUCCCAGAGGUAUGGUGGCUGAUGCAUUUGACAUGGAGAAGCCUAUCGUUUUCACACAUGAAGAGAUUCUUUCUUCAACUGAUGCCUUCUCUGAUUCCAAUCUACUUGGUCAUGGGACAUAUGGUUCUGUGUAUUAUGGAGUGCUUCGGGAUCAGGAGGUUGCAAUAAAAAGAAUGACUGCUACCAAAACUAAGGAAUUUAUAGCGGAGGUGAAAGUUCUCUGCAAGGUUCAUCAUGCAAGUCUGGUAGAGUUGAUUGGUUAUGCAGCAAGCAAUGACGAGCUCUUCCUCAUUUAUGAGUAUGCUCAAAAGGGUUCGCUUAAGAAUCAUUUACAUGAUCCACAAAAUAAAGGUCAUACAUCAUUAUCUUGGAUCUCUAGGGUUCAAAUUGCACUUGAUGCAGCUAGAGGUCUGGAAUACAUUCACGAGCAUACAAAAGAUCAUUAUGUUCAUCGAGACAUCAAAACAAGCAACAUCUUGCUUGAUAGUUCUUUCAGAGCAAAGAUAUCUGAUUUUGGACUUGCAAAACUUGUUGUGAAAACUGGUGAUGGAGAAGCAUCUGCCACGAAAGUUGUUGGUACUUUUGGUUAUUUGGCUCCAGAAUACUUGCGUGAUGGUCUGGCAACCACAAAAAGUGAUGUUUAUGCAUUUGGGGUUGUCCUUUUUGAGCUAAUAUCAGGCAAAGAAGCAAUAACAAGAACAGAAGCAAUGGUUUUAAACAAUUCUGAGAGGCGAUCUUUGGCAUCAAUUAUGCUAGGAGCUCUGAAGAAUUCCCCAAAUUCAAUGAGCAUGGCUAGCCUGAAAGACUACAUUGAUCCCAAUUUCAUGAAUUUAUAUCCUCAUGAUUGCAUCUACAAGAUGGCUAUGCUGGCAAAGCAAUGUGUGGAUGAAGAUCCAAUUUUAAGGCCGGACAUGAAGCAAGUGGUGAUUUCUGUGUCCCAUAUUCUGCUUUCAUCCGUGGAGUGGGAAGCGGCUUUGGCUGGAAAUAGUCAAGUUUUCAGUGGCCUUGUGCAAGGAAGAUGAUUGAUUGAUGAUUGUCAAUCCUGUUCUUCUCCAACAAAUGCAUUGGGUUUUUCUCCAUCCCUGCAUCCUCGUGUUUAUUAUAUUUUCUAUCCUUUAGUGUGCCAAUGGGGUGCAUUGGCAUUGAAGAGUAUAUUCUUUCAUCUUUCUAUUCUUUUGAUGUUUGUAUUUCUGCAUGAGAUAGAUUUUCCCAGCUGUAGUUACAAUACGAUAUGUAUCGCUUGUGCAGACAGGUAUUGCUUCUUCCGAUUGUAGUCUUAUAAUUUCAUUCCAUUCGUUUUUCAAAA